AUGUCUUUCCGGCCGCCGCCGCCGCAUCCGUCCCACCGGAAUCCACGGCGAUUCCCCUCCGCCUGCUAUCUUCUAGUACUCACCCUCGCUGUCCUCGUCGUCUCCACCGCCGCCAAGUCCUCCCGCCGCCCAAUAUCCGACAACGAGAUCCGGCAGAAGAAGGAGGCCUGCUACACCGACGUCGAGAACGGGCUGUGGGGCUGGGUGUGCAGGUCCUCGCCGACGGAGAAGGAGAACUGCGUGCUGCGCUGCCUCUCGCCGGAGUGCUACGACCUCAUAUACGGCGGCGAUCCACUUGAGGAAGGGGAGUUGGACUAUGUUCGAGGCCAGGAGUACAAGUACUGUAUGCACAAAUUGAAAGAAUCGUAG